CAUUGGUCUCUUACUUCUCUCCUGAGCCUGAAAUUCAUACAAGGCUAUUUGCAAAGUUAUCAGGAAAACCAAGAAGAGUGAAUGAACUCUGUCGAAUCCUUAAGUUUCAUCCACCCGAGAGGGAAGUUCAUUAAAGUUGCAGUAACUUUCUGUUGGCCUCUUAAGGGUGGAUUGAAUUACUCGGGUUUUCAACUCUCCGUGCUGACAUGGUAACUGAACGGUGGCUUUCAGGGACAGGCAGACGGGGACAGCUGCUCUGGAGAGGCUAGCAGGAACAGCCUGGUAGGGUCCAUCUCGGAUAGACGCGGAUGAUGCCAGAGCUAUGACAGGGAUUGCAGUCUUGGCACUGAGGGGUGAUCAAUUAUGGAACAACUACAGGAGGAAGUACCUGAGGUCAAGGAAGAGGAGGAGGAAGAGGCAGUGAUAGUGGCAAGCGGAGCCUCGGAUCCAAGUGGAGGACCAGACAGCUCGCUGCCUUCGAGCAGCUACACAGACCUUUCGCAAAGCUCCUCUCCCUCCCUGUCGGACCAACUGCAGAUGGGCUGUGAGGAGGCUGCCUUGGGAGCACUGAACGUGGAGUGCAGGGUCUGCGGAGACAAAGCCUCGGGGUUUCACUACGGCGUGCACGCCUGUGAGGGCUGCAAGGGUUUCUUCCGCCGGACGAUCCGCAUGAAGCUGGAGUACGAGAAGUGCGAGAGGAACUGCAAGAUUCAGAAGAAGAACCGGAACAAGUGCCAGUACUGCCGCUUCCAGAAAUGCCUCUCGCUGGGCAUGUCACAUAACGCAAUCCGCUUCGGCCGCAUGCCGGAGGCAGAGAAGAGGAAGCUGGUGGCGGGGCUGACGGCGAGUGAGAUCAGCUGCCAGAACCCACAAGUGGCCGACCUGAAAGCUUUCUCCAAGCACAUCUACAAUGCCUACCUGAAAAACUUCAACAUGACCAAAAAGAAGGCGAGAGGUAUCUUGACCGGAAAGGCCAGCAGCUCCCCACAGCCUUUUGUGAUCCACGACAUGGACACCCUGUGGCAGGCAGAAAAGGGGCUGGUGUGGAAGCAGCUGGUGAAUGGCAUUCCCCCUUACAAGGAGAUCGGGGUGCACGUCUUCUACCGCUGCCAGUGCACCACAGUGGAGACUGUGCGGGAGCUCACCGAGUUCGCCAAGAGCAUCCCCAGCUUCAUAGGCCUCUACUUGAAUGACCAAGUGACUCUGCUGAAGUACGGGGUGCACGAGGCCAUCUUUGCCAUGCUGGCCUCUAUCAUGAACAAGGACGGGCUCUUGGUGGCCAACGGGAACGGUUUCGUGACCCGCGAGUUCCUGCGUAGCCUGCGCAAGCCCUUCAACGAGAUCAUGGAGCCCAAAUUUGAGUUUGCUGUGAAAUUCAAUGCGCUGGAGCUGGAUGACAGUGACCUGUCGCUGUUUGUGGCUGCCAUUAUCCUGUGCGGAGACCGUCCCGGCCUGAUGAACGUGAAGCAGGUGGAGGAGAUCCAAGACAACAUCCUGCAAGCGCUGGAGUUUCACCUGCAAUCUAACCACCCGGAUGCCCAGUACCUCUUCCCCAAGCUGCUGCAGAAGAUGGCCGACCUGCGGCAGCUGGUGACAGAGCACGCCCAGCUGGUGCAGAAGAUCAAGAAGACGGAGACAGAGACAUCUCUGCACCCGCUGCUGCAGGAGAUCUACAAGGACAUGUACUAAGGACCUGUUAUUUAUGAGAAUGAAGCCAUGGAUUCCCAUCAAGACUCUUUGUACAGAAACAAAGAAAACCUUUCCCCACGUCUUCCAUUUCUUCUACUGGAAACUUUUUUUCUACGUGACCCUGACGUACGGUACAUAGGGCAAGAUGCCGUAAGAUUUUGCAGCCACCACCUGCUAGGCCAGGGCUUCCGUUAACACACACUAACAAAUUUACAAAGGCAAAUCAUAAGCUACUGUUUCCGUUACUAUGGCUCAGCUCUUCAGCUGCUCCCUGGGGCCUCUGGAGCGGCCGACUGGUUUACGUGGCCCGGGCAGUGGGGUUUCUGCAGCAGCCUGGGGUCAGUGGGGGAUGCUCUGGUCAUCAGGAGACCCGAGCGCAGGGCGGGUGGCCGGUGGGGCCAGCAGCAGCGCUUACAGCGUGUCUUUAUUUUCUUUUUUGUGUUGCACUCCGAAGACAUAGUCCUGAGCCGUCAAGUCUAGGACAGCGUAUAAUGAAAGGAUGUUUCUCUCUUUUCCAAAGAAAAGCCAGAGUAUUUCAAGACGGGUAGGACUGUCCUAGCAGAGACCCACAGCUGCAGCACCCCCUCCCUGCGUGGCGUAUUCCUGUCUCCCAGAGGGGUUGUGUGAUCUCUGUGGGAGCCCUCGCUCCUGGUAUCCCCAUUCCAGAGGGAGCCUCCCCUCGGCACCUCAGUGUGAGAGAGGGAGGGAUGGGCAGGUGGGAGGGAAAGGCUUUGACUCAUAAAAAUUCACCUUCAGAGCAGAGGCCAGAAUCUGUGGGCUUCCCCAGUCUGGUCUGAACAGGCAGAAGUUAACCAAGAAGGUCUGUGCAAGGCCGAGGGCUGGUCGGGGUCAUCCUGCAGGUCCCUUCCCCAGCCCCGGGGGGCUCCGGGGGUUUCGCAGGGCAGUGCAGGCAGCAGAGGCUCCUGUGAGCACCCAAGCAAGCAAAGCCUUCAGCCUCGCCGGCAAGGGGAAAGCCCCAGCCAGCCUGCAGUGUUCACGAUGCUGAAAGGACGUUGACCUCUCUGUUAUCUGCCCUGCCUCAGCCUCCCUUCUUGGAGGGAGCUGGAUUGUCACUCUUCUCGGAAGGGGAGCACAAGGAUCAGCAAGCACAUUGGUUGCAGAGCUUUGCAGCUGUAAAAUACAGUAUAAAUGCCAAGUAUUUGUAAAAGGAGGGAGAGGGUGGGAUGCUCACAGUGAGCAGGAGCUUCCUGGCGAGCAUGGCCGUGUCAGGGAAGCUGCCCUGUCCUCCUGGGCCACUGUCCCGAGUGCGGGGAGAGUUCCAGGCCUCGGGGUCUGCCUACACCCAGAGCCCUUCUGGGACUUCACCUCAUUGUAGCUUCUCACAGCUGGAGUGAAACACUACGGUGGCACCGGGACAGGACCCCUGCGCCACCCGGGCUCCGGGAGAGAGGACGGACCCGGGAAGGGCUUGGUCCCCUCUCGGGACGAUGGUGUCUGGCCUAAGAAGUGGCACUUACCCAUCUGCAGCUCGUAGUUCUGUGUGCCCCGAGCAGCCUUAUUAAAAUACUGAUACUCCCAAGGAGGGGUUGUGGGAGCAAAUUAGUCGGUUUUAUUUUAUUUUCCUCCUCUUCAGGGUAGCAGAUUUCCCUGGUGCAAUAAUUCCUUUAAAACCCGCAGGUGAAGAGCGCUGGGCUUCCCCUCCGUGUCACAGGGCUAACUGGUCCCAAACCUGCCCCUGCUGCCACCCUCCAGCUCCUUGCUGUGCCUCAGUUUCCCCACCCUCUGCCCGCCCAGCCCCUUCCCCUCCCUACCUCGCAGGGGUGUUAUAAAUUACCGUUUCUGAAGCACUUUGAAGCCCUCUGGGGGAAGGCACCGGAGACGUGUGUAUGCUGGAUGGACCCUGGGGGAAUUGUCCUUCACGAAGCCCCCCGGUGGCAUUCCCCACCGUGGCCGGCGUGCGGGACUCACGUGCUUAUCACCAGGGGAACUUUUUGCUCUUCCCUCAACAGUGUAACAACCCUCAAACUGAAAUGUAUAUUUUUGCUAGAAAUACAAACUUCCAAGUGUUUUUAAUAAUAUAAAUAGUGUCCACAAACUGACUUGACUUUAAAUAAAUCUGAACUAAAUAUUUA